AUGUCGGGCGGCGGAUGGAACGUAAAUGCGGCUGCUUUUGUACCAAAUGUGAAUGCCCGACCAUUUGUGCCAGGUCAACCAUAUGUUCCAGCUACAGAAAACGUACCGCCUGCGCCACAAGCUGAGCCAGUAGAAGAUUGGGAUGCCGAAAUUGCUGAAAAUGAAGCCGCGGCUGUCGAGGCAAGUGCUCCUCCUCCCCCGGAACCAGUGCCGGAGGACACUUUAAAGGUUGCCGAAAGUCCUGAGAAAGCUGAGGAAGUGGCAGGUGGAGACGAGAAGGAAGCAUCUGAAGCAAGCGAUGUGGUCGCUCCGUUGGCCAAGAAGUUUGAACGAGUUGCUUACGUCGAUGAUGGAACCCACAAGGAACACGUGAACAUGGUAUUCAUCGGUCAUGUUGAUGCUGGAAAAUCUACCAUUGGAGGACAACUUAUGUAUCUUACCGGUAUGGUUGAUAAGCGAACAUUGGAAAAAUAUGAACGAGAGGCUAAAGAGAAGGGUCGAGAAAGCUGGUACCUGUCGUGGUGUAUGGAUACCAACGAAGAAGAACGAGAAAAGGGAAAAACGGUUGAGUGUGGACGAGCAUAUUUUGAAACUGAAAAGAAGCAUUUCACAAUUUUGGAUGCACCUGGUCACAAAAGUUUCGUCCCGAAUAUGAUCAGUGGUGCUACCCAAGCUGAUCUUGCUGUUUUGGUGAUUUCUGCCCGAAGAGGAGAAUUCGAAACGGGAUUCGAUCGUGGAGGUCAAACUAGGGAACAUGCUAUGUUAGUGAAAACAGCCGGCGUUCGCCAUCUAGUUAUCCUUGUGAACAAAAUGGACGAUCCUACAGUGAAAUGGGAUGAGAAUCGAUUUAUCGAAAUCCAAAGCAAAUUGACGCCUUAUCUCCGGAAAUGUGGUUUCAAUCCUAAAACUGAUAUGAUAUAUAUCCCUGUGUCAGGUCUUACUGGCGCUUUCAUAAAAGAUCGACCUUCUUGUGAACAGGGAGGCUGGUACAGUGGUCCGUGCUUCAUCGAAUACGUCGAUAAUCACCUGCCAUCUAUGACUCGAGACUAUAAUGGACCGGUGCGAUGCAUUGUUGUUGAUAAAUUUUCCGAUAUGGGUACACUCAUCAUUGGUAAAAUGGAAUCAGGUGUGGUGGUGAAGGGCCAAAAUUUGGUACUCAUGCCAAACAAACAAGCUGUUCAAGUCCUUCAAAUCUGGUCAGAUGAUAUCGAGACAGACAGGGUGGUCUCCGGAGACAAUGUUAAAUUCAAGCUCAAAGGAGUUGAAGAAAACGAGCUGCAAUCUGGGUUUAUAAUUUGUUCUGCAGACGCACUCUGUAAGGUUGGCCGUGUUUUCGAUGCUGAGGUCAGUUUCGUGAUUGCUUCAAUUGAUCUCUAA